CUGAUGUGGGAGGAAGAGAAUCAGACUUUUGCCAGAGAUUUCAUCCUAUUAGGAUUGUUGCAUCCAAACCAGUAUGGAUUACUGUUAUUAACUCUUAUUCUCAUCAUUUUUAUGGUGGCCAUUGUGGGGAACACAGUCUUGAUUCUUCUUAUCCACCUUGACAGCCGGCUCCACACUCCAAUGUACUUCCUGCUCAGCCAUCUCUCCUUCAUGGAUAUCUUGCACAUCUCCAAUACUGUUCCCAAGAUGGUCAGUAACUUCAUAUCUGGCCAGCAUUCCAUCACAUUUGUGGGUUGUGGGUUCCAGAUCUUCCUCUCCCUCGUCUUUUUGGGAGCUGAAUGCCUUCUUUUUGCAGCCAUGUCCUAUGAUCGUUAUGUAGCCGUCUGCCACCCACUGCAUUAUCCCAUCCUCAUGAACCAUCGCAUCAGUGUCCUUAUGGCUGCUGGGUGCUGGAUUGUGGGAAUCAUCAACUCUACAAUUCACACAACUUAUCUACUACACCUCCCCUUUUGUGGCACAAGGGUCAUUGACCAUUUUUUCUGUGAAGUCCCAGCCAUGUUGAAAGUUUCCUGUGUUGACACAUCACACUAUGAAGGAGGAGUCAAUGUGAGUGCUGUAUUCUUCCUCCUAAUUCCCUUUUCCAUCAUUCUUGCCUCUUAUGCUCAGAUUCUCCGUACUGUGCUUCACAUUAAAUCUGUGGAGGCCCAGAAAAAAGCCUUCUCCACUUGUUCCUCCCACCUGACUGUGGUUGUCAUGUACUAUGGACCAUUUAUCUUUACAUACAUGAGGCCAAAAUCCUAUCAUACUCCAGGUCAGGACAAGGUCUUAGCCAUCUUAUAUACCAUUCUCACUCCCAUGCUCAACCCAAUUAUCUACAGCCUCAGAAAUAAAGAUGUCUUAUGUGCCCUGAAGAAGGUUGUAGGAAAUACAUUUAUGCACAGAAAUUAA